AUGGCCGACGUUCCCGCUGGCGACCCUGAGCGUCGCGCUGUUCGGUUGGACGCACCGAGUGAGAAUGAUUGGUCCGACGAAGAAUGCAUGUCGACUCUGGCCCUUCAGACAACCAAUCCAUACUAUGGCGAUCGAGUACCAUCCUCAGGCCGCAAAGAAGACGGCUCAAGUGAGAAGCGGCGGCGCUCGAAGAAUGCUUCUGGGAUCACCACCGCUGAUGGGGCAUUGACUCGAGCAGUGACUUCUGUCGAAACAGUGCUGUCCACGAUUCGAACUCGACCAGUCAUUGCUAGCUUUUCACACCCUCUGGAACACGAAAAGACAACGGUUGAGACCCUGGUUGACUUUGACGGGCCCAAUGACCCGUACCGCGCGUUGAACUGGUCGAUGAAGAAAAAGGUCGUGACCACGGCGUUGUACGGAUUCACUACAAUGUCGGCGACAUGGGGGAGCUCGGCCUAUAGUGCCGGUACAGCACAAGUGGCUCACCAAUUCGGAAUCGGCAUGCAGACGGCUACUCUGGGCACCACGCUCUUCCUGUUCGCAUUUGGAAUCGGACCUUUGUUGUGGGCGCCUCUCUCGGAAGUCUAUGGACGUAAACUCGCCGUUUUACCGCCCAUGUUCAUCGCAGUGUGCUUCUCAUUUGCGAGUGGCGCGGCCAAGGACGUCCAGACUAUCAUGAUUACGCGCUUCUUUGCAGGCUUCUUCGCCUCAGCGCCAGUGACAAAUACUGGAGGUGUACUGAGUGAUUUGUUUCCGUCGUCUCAGAGAGGUGUUGCAAUGGCGGCUUACGCCAUGGCCGUCGUGUUCGGACCUAGCAUCGGUCCCAUCGUCGGCGCUGCUUUCGUGGUUCAGCCUCAUCUUCGCUGGCGGUGGACCGAAUACUUUACCGGGAUCCUCCAGAUUGUCGUUCUUGUCCUCGACACAAUCUUCCUCGACGAGUCAUAUCCGCCGCGGUUAUUGGUUUACAAGGCCCGCCGCCUUCGACACGAGAGUGGUAACUGGGCACUGCACGCCAAAUUCGAGGAAUGGGAUGUCUCGAUCGGCGAAUUGGCUCGGAAGUUCUUGAUCCGACCAUUUCAACUCCUAACGACACCCAUCUGCGCACUCAUGGCCUUGUAUGCUAGCUUCACAUACGGGAUAUUAUACAUGCAGCUUGGUGCGAUCCCGCUCAUUUUUGCCGAGCACCGUGGCUGGGAGCAAAUGUCGUCCACACUACCGUUUCUUGCGCUUCUUGUUGGCUCUGCCAUCGGCGCAGGCAUCAACGUAUACAAUCAGCUUAUUUACAACCGCAAGGCCUCUGGCAAGGUGAAUCCGGAACUUCGACUGCCUCCAAUGAUGUUCGGCUCUGUGGUAUUUACCAGUGGUUUAUUCAUCACCGGCUGGACAGCAGAUCCUUCGAAUCCUUGGAUCGCGCCGGUCAUUGGUCUGGUUCUGACCGGCCUUGGUUUCUUUACCAUCUUUCAGGCUGCUCUAAACUAUCUCGUGGACACUUUUCAGGAGUAUGCCGCGAGUGCCGUGGCAGCAAACACAUUUCUGCGAUCGUGUUUCGCCGGAGCAUUUCCCCUGAUCAUCACGCCGUUGUACCACAAUCUCGGAAUUCCUUGGGGUACCAGUAUCUUCGGGUUCUUCUCCCUGAUGCUGAUCCCCGUGCCUGUAGUCUUCUUCAUUUUCGGAAAGCGAAUAAGAAUGGGUAGUAAAUGGAGCAGAUCUUAGGGCGAGGUAGCUGUAUUGAGCAUCGAGGAUGUUUUGCUCCAGCCACUGUUGACGGCUCAACCUGAAGGUGGUUGAACACAGGUUGUGGGUUGCACAUCGAUCCUGGGACUGUCGUGUGUCACAUUGACAGUUCUUGAGAUAUCCUAGCCCGAGAAACCUGAAUCAGGCCCCCUGUGUUGAAAAGGACAGUUUUCAUGCCGAUGCUCUGCCUUGAAGUC